GGUAACUUUCGGAAAUGAUAGAAUACUAGUGUUGUGAAACUUAAGAUGAAAAAGGCGCGGAGGGCUCGCCGGAGUCGAGACGUGACGUGACGUGUGGACCGCCUCGCGCGCAACAUGGCUGCACAUCUCGCCGCCAUAUUGUUGUGGCUUGGUGGCAGUGUACUCGGCCUCCGGGACAUUCAGCUGAGCGUGCCAGAGGCAGUUGGGCUGGGCGCCACCGCGACCCUCGGCUGCCGCUGGUCCCUGGAUACGGGCGAGACACUGUAUACCGUCAAGUGGUACCACGGUGCGCAAGAGUUCUUCAGGUUCGUGCCCAAGGAGUUGCCCAACACCAGGGUGUUCUCGCAGACGGGGAUCAGCGUUGACGUGUCGCGAUCUGGAGCCCAGCAAGUAGUCCUAAGAGGCGCGACGCGCGGUCUCAGCGGCCGCUAUCGAUGUGAAGUGUCCGCCGACGCCCCUUUCUUCCACACCGUCUAUAAAAGCGCCUUUAUGCGAGUCGUUGAACUACCGGAAUCUCAACCCAAAGUACAAGCUCAGAAGAGUUGGUAUUCCAUCGGAGAUAUGCUACGGGCGAAUUGCACCUCACCUCCAGCCGACCCUCCCGUCAAUCUCACGUGGCUGCUGAAUGGACAAGAGGUAAAGGGACUCGACAUCCCAGUGAACGAGGCACCAUAUGCUCAAAGGAAACCGGUCAUAACGGACGCAUCACUCGACGAUGCCAAUAGAAUUAUAUUCAGUCCGUGGGAAGCAAUCUCAAGCUUCGACGAGCCCGCCACAGACAGCGUAAUAGACAUCCCGGGCAAUAUCGAGGCGAUGUUGGCCCCGCCGCCACCGAACGAUCGGAAAAACAAGGAGAUCCGCCCAGCGGCCGAACAAAUAGCAAAUAAAUUGAACAUUAGCACUGAAGAAGAGAAAUCCAAUAAAUCAUCCUCGUACAGCCAGCUUGUUAUGAGGGUUCAGUCCGUACACUUCCAUAAAGGUCGGCUGAACGUGACGUGCGUUGCUCGCAUGCUGUCAGUGUGGUCAGCCAGUGGUGUUCUAAUACUGGACGAAGAGCGGCCACAAAUCGCACCAGUCAUGGGAUCACGGGAUUCAAACUCAGGCAUGAGAUGGACGCCCUCCCACAUUUCACUGACGGCGCUCUUCAAUUGUUUGUUUUACAGACACUGGUCAAUCCGAUGAUCUGAAUAAUAAAUGUUAUCGUGAGUGCAUUGUUGUUUUCUCGACUUAAAUCAGUGUUUAGACUAAAUUAAUGAUGGGUGAUUUUAAAAUACAGUGAUCAGAAUAAACAUUCCUUAAAGUGAGUUGAACGUAGUCAGUUUUAUACUUGUAAAUAGUUUUAUAUUAGAAAUUCUAAGUGAAAAUAGUGAUCUUUGCUUAUGUAUUGUUAUUUCAAUAUAAGAAACGUAAAAUAAAGGAAAUUCCCG